AUGUCUUUCAAGUGUAGGAACUUUGCUGUCCUGGUGGAUCUGCAUAUAUCACCUCAAGGUUCAAACAAAGAUACCAGCUGGUUUUCUGAAGAGAAGAAAGAGGAACUCUGUUUACUGCUGAAAGAAACCAUUGAUUCAAGAGUUAAGGAGUACUUAGAAGUUCGUAAACAGCACAAACCAUCAACUGCAGAAUUCACAAGAUCCAAUCCCUUGUCCUUAAAAGGCUACGGCUUUCAAAUCACAGCCUACUUCCUCAAGAGAGGAAUACGCCUUCGCUGCAUCAGGGGAUCACCUAGAACUGAACUCUGUGUGUUCCCUGACAGAUUUGUGGUCUGUGCAAGUCAAAUAACAGUCAAUUGUGAUCUUGUGUCAAGUCGGACUGAAGAAUCGGUAUACAGGCCCCUCCUUGGAAUGUCUGACUAUUUUGCUGAAUGUGCAGAGUCGGCUUCCUCCCAGAGAAAUGCUCUGAAAGAAGUUGUGCAAAGAACUGAAAUAAAAAGUAUCGCGAGUCUAUCCCAGAAGCAGGACAUUGUGGGAACAUCUAGUGACUCAGAGAGCGCCAGAAGGGGGAGUGGUGGCCAACCUUCAUCUACCCCAUCAGAAUCUAUGGGACCAGCAAAGGAUUACAUAAAGGCAGUUGGAAGCCACUGGGGGCUUCCUGUGCGAAAGCUGGAAAAUGUUCAUCAGACGCAGCCAGAAAACACUAGCAGCCAGCAAAAACUUCAUCCUGGGGAGCGGUUAAAGACAGGCUUUAAGCGGGAGCCUGUCUGUAGCUGUGAGUCAGCAUAAGCAAGUCCAAUACAAAGUCCAUGAAUGACCAAAGCACAACAGAAUGCAGAAGACAUCGACCACCACAAGAGAGUUUCUCUUGGAAGUGAUCAAUUAGUCCCAAGAGAAAUAAUCAUGGGAAAAAGCAAAGGCAAAGCUGUCAGGGUUUUGCCAGCGUUAGAGUUGUCAGAUCCGGGAUUACUUUUGAGACAAGAUUUGGCAAAAGCCACGUCUAAUGAGGAGUUGCAUGUUUUGGAAAAUCUCUCCUCCAGACAUCUCAUGAAAAAUAACCCAGAGCAGGCACAGCAAACCAAGUCAGCCACAAGCAUUGAAUGAUUAUCUACGAGUUUGCCCUCUUGUUUAGAUGCCAAACCAAGAAAAGAAAAAAAAUCCUAA